AUGGAAGCUUUUGCCGAGGUUAAGGAGCAGUUAGAGCGAGUAAUGGCUGAGAAAGCUGUUCUUGAGGAAAAGCUUAACCAGUUUCCUCCAAGAGAAGCUGAAGUCAAUGCUGCUUCCAUCAAACUUCCUCCAUUUUGGUCCGAUAAACCUGCAGUAUGGUUUGCCCAAGUUGAGGCACAAUUCCAAAUUGCCGGUAUUGUGGCCGACAUCACUAAAUAUAAUUAUGUUGUCGGUCAGAUUGAUUAUCGACUUGCUGGCGAAAUCGAAGACAUAAUUACUCAACCCAUAGAAAAAGGCAAACAGUACAUUACAUUAAAAAACGCACUCAUUAAUAGGUUCUCUAUACCCCAGGAGCAGAAGGUCCGUCAGCUGCUUGGCAAUGAGGAGCUCGGCGACAGAAAGCCGUCCCAGUUUCUCCGCCAUUUAAAAUCGUUAGCUGGUUCUUCACCAUUGGAUCAAAAUAUUUUACGACAGCUGUGGAUCAGUCGCCUUCCUCAGGAUAUUCAGGUACUAUUAGUUUCGCAAGCGGACGACUUGACUUUAGAGAAGUUGGCUGACCUGGCGGACAAGGUCAUUGACCUUACUGGCCGGUCACGUGCUGUUCACUCUACAACUGCGCCUCCACUGGACCUAAUCGCCGAUUUGGCUUCUAAGGUAUCUGAGCUUACCAAGCAAGUUCAUGCUCUUUCCACCAGAGGUCGCAGCCGUUCUCGUAGUCGUGCCAGCUCUAAAAGGCGAUCGUCGCAAGCAUCCUCACCAGCUGCUGGCAAGCAUUGCUGGUAUCAUAAACGCUUCGGGACCCGCGCUUCUAAGUGCAUUCCGCCUUGCAACUGGGCUUCGGAAAACCCGAGAAGCAAUCAGUAG